AUGUGGACUAAACGAGACAAGCGACUUGAACCACUUUUUAUCCGUCCAAGUUCAAGUCAUAUGGAAAUGGGUAAAUAUUUCCGUUUUCAACAACCAUAUCAAAGCCAAACUUCAUCUACGCAUACAGUAUCUUGCUCACCAGGUCCAGCAUCCACUGUACAAUGGAAGACGAAUGGAUCACGACGUAAACGUUUCGGUUUGUUCACACCCAUGAAUGCUUUCAUUGUAAUGUGUAUAUUGUCAAAAGCAGAUAUUUAG